AUGAGCUACACAUCCAUCGGCCCUGGACUCUAUCUACCCCUCGAGCUAUGCUACAUUAUUUGCCUUGAUAUACGAAGCAGCGAAAAGUAUGGGAAACGAGACCUUCUGGACCUUGCUCUAAGCUGCAAGCAUUGGCUGGAUCCCGCGCUAGACGUCCUCUGGGAGAGAGUUACUGGCCUCGAACCUCUUCUCGCAUUGGCUCCGCAGACCGCUUUGCGGAAUAGACAAUUAUUGCACGGCAAUGCCGAUACCUCACACCUUGUGGUGGAUUGGACGCGUUUCGACGUGUAUGCCCAUCGCAUACGGGAGAUCAAAGCCACUUCCUGCUGGGGGGGCAGAACUAGCUACGAUGAAGACGGCUCUGACAUAGGUCACCUGGAUGCAGACGAGUCCAUCGACAACUCUGAAAGCAUCGGCACUGGAGGACGUGCCUGGGUUGAAGACAGUUCGGGAGAAGAAGAAACUAGAGAAGGUCGAACUGCAGAAGCAGGAUUAUUGAAAGGUGAUUCUGAGCAAGGCGAUCCUGGAGACGACUCUCGCGACAACCACUCUGACCAAACCAAUGCUGAAGGAUACGCCUCUCACGACGGCGGCUCCUUUGGAGAAGACAGCUCUGGAGAGGAUGGUGCUGUGGAAGAUGACUCUAGACAAGGCAAUCCUCGAGAACACGACUCAGAAGAAGGCAGACUUGUCAAAGGUGACUUUGAACAAGACCGCCCUGAAGAAGGCGGUCCUAUUGAAGAUGCCACUGAAGAAUGGAUAUCUGCAAAAGGCGACUCCGGCAAGGAACAAUCGAACUGGGACUCUCACCAAUCCUCAGACGGAGACGACCCUGAUGCUUAUGAAGUCAUCAUCAUGCUACUGUCGAUGAGACGUGGGCCACUGACACCCAGCUUGCGAAGGCUCAAAUGGACUCAAAAGAAUACACGCUGUGACAUAGAUCCGCUCCUGGGCUCCGUGCUAUCUGCCUUCGUCGCCCCGACUCUCCAAGCAAUUUCUAUUGAGGUCGGGGCCCCAAAGUCCGCUGUUUGGGGCUGGAGCCUGGUCACAGAUCCCGGUGGUGCCCUCGGGAAAUGGUUUGCAGCCCUUCCCGAGAAAGUGCCCAAUCUCAAGAUAUUUCGUCUGGGUGGAUACUUGGCUGAAUUCCCUCUGGACUUCGUCAGCCGCCUCGUAACUCUUGAGGAGCUGGAUCUUAGCGACCUCCACAUGGGCAAAGCCGGAUGGGUGAAGGCGCCCCUCUUGCGAUCCUUUGCGCCCCUCACCCAAGUCAAGACAUUUGGCGUGAUAGCAUGCAUCGAGAAAACCGAAACUAUUGAAGGCGACUUUUCCAUAUUUCCGAGGCUGGAGACUUUCCACGCGGAGAAUACCAUGCCGCUCGAGACCGCGGCGAUCCUCAGGGGCAUAUCUUCGAAGCACCUGAAGUAUUGCUAUCUCAACGAAAUAGACGAACAUUUGCAAGCCGAACAGACGUACGUACUGUGCCAAUCGUUGACAAAGUUCGCGGCCACUCUCACGACGCUGAGGCUGGAUUUCGAGGAAGUGCGUGAUUCAGGGUCUCCUGAUUCGCCCAGAAUAUUCGCAACCAUUGGCCCGCUCCUUGAGCUCCGUUGCCUUGAAAAGUUCUAUAUGUCACCCUGUUUUGCCGAACCGGAGGAGCUCUCGCCGUAUCUGAUAACUGACACUGAUAUCCAGCAGAUGAUAUUCGCCUGGCCUAACCUACGAGAAUUGCGAUUGAACUUGUGCCCGGUGGACCGGGGAAUAACCCUACAAAGUCUCGUGGCAUUCGCUGACCACACCCCUGAUCUCCGCUCCUUGGAUCUUUACUCACUGGACGUAUCGGAGGAUCUCGAUACGACAACGAUAAUGGAGACAAACCAUCCGUUAGAAAUCCUGAAUCUCGUAAAGCCGACAUACGCGAAUCCAGAGGUCUUCGCUAGAGCACUCGAUCGAAUGUUCCCGCACUUGAACACCAAGGCGAUGGUCUUGUGCCUCCCGGAGGACGUCUUGGAGCAUCUGGACACUGUAGCAGAGGAGAGACGCAGCUGGCAGGAGAUGACACAAAUGAUGAACGAGUGGAUCCGGAGUGACGCAUUCAAGUAG